GUAUGGCUUGCGAACAACUUGAAGCGGUCCUGAGAUAAUCUCCGUUUAUAUGAUAAUGCGCGAUCAGCUGAUCGGCGCCGACCUAACUUAAUGUAUCCUAAUCUAACCUAAGGAAUGAAGUGAAGUGGAGGUUAAGUCCGAGUUUACCGGCGACGACUUCCGUCGAUCUCUUCGAGAUCCUGGUCGAAAAAUUAUCUGUCAACGAUCUCGAAAACGGGGAAUAAACGCGCGAACAACCGCGUCUCAUCUAGCUAUGUUUCCACGUGUAUUUACGUCAAGCUUUCGCAGCAUAUCGUUACUAUCUCGACUAUGGAAUGGACCUAAUGGUGUACUUGCAGGUAAACAGGCUGAAAAAAAAAUGAUAUCUAUCCUAAGAACCAGGUUUCCUCAAGCUCAGCUGAUCGAGGUUACCGAUGUUCAAGGAGGAUGCGGUGCUAUGUUUGACAUAAAUGUGGUUGCUCCAGAAUUUAAAGGACUAAAUACUGUGAAACAACAUCGAAUCAUUAAUGAGGUACUUAAAGAAGAAAUUAAAGAUAUGCAUGGUCUUCGAAUACAUACGAGUAUUCCACCAUAGUCGACUAGAUUGUUAUGUUAGUUUUACAAGAAUAAUAUUUAAUAUUGACUUUUAACUUGAGACUGUACAAAAUCCAAGAAUUCACAUUAUAUGUAUACAUUUCUAUGUAGGAUGUAAAUUUGAAGAUAGUGCUACAAAAAUUUUGUAAAAGAAAUAAUAGAUAUCUUUGAAAUGCCUUAUUUUUUUUAGUAAAAAAGUAUGAUUUAUUUAUAUAGAAAUCAGGCAAUGUAAUCAUUAGAAAAACAUUAUUAUAAGAAGAUAAUUCAAACGUAAUAUAAUGAGAAAUAACAGGAGAAUUAUUAUUAUUGAUUUGCAAUUUGAAUGCAUUACUACAAUAUCAAUUAUACAGUAUUUUUAUUAUUUACUGUUGCAUAAUUAUUAUUUUAUAUAUCACAUAUGUAAUAAAGGAAAAAUAACUGCCGAAUUGAGAAAAUGUACAACAAAGAUAAGCCCUGUGUAAAAUACUUUAUCGAUAACAUAAUCGUUUUUCAUCAUAGCAAUUAUAAAAAUUUUUUUCAAUAA